CGCUCGGAGAGAAGAGAGAGCCUUGUCGUAACUCGCUCGGAAGAUCGGAGGAAUCGGGUUGCCGUUAGAGGGAGCCUUGUUGUAACUCUAUCGGAGAUGACGGAUUCGAGUCUGGAUCUUCAGGAAUCGGGUUGGGAGGAACUCCGGAGAGAAGCUCGGAAGAUCGAAGGCGAUCUCGACGUUAAGCUCUCUUCGUAUGCUAAGCUUGGCGCGAGGUUCACCCAAGCAGGGUACGGUGACACUGGAUCUCCAACUGUGGGAUCUGGAAGAUCAUGGAAGUCCAUGGAGAUGGAAAUCCCAUCGUUGCUUGAGAAGCUCUUGGACAUAAAUGACUCUAUGAGCAGAUGUGCUGCAUCAGCAGCUCCCACAACAUCAGUUACCCAAAAGCUAGCUAGGCACAGAGAUAUACUCCAUGAAUAUACCCAGGAGUUUCGAAGAAUUAAGGGAAAUAUAAACUCGAUGAAGGAGCACGCUGAGCUUUUAAGUUCUGUCAGAGGUGACAUUAGUGAAUAUAAGGCUUCUGGGAGUAUGUCACCAGGCGUGCAAGUGUUACGGGAGAGAGCUUCCAUCCACGGAAGUAUAUCCCAUAUUGAUGAAGUCAUUAAUCAAGCUCAAGCGACAAGAUCGGUUUUGGGCUCUCAACGAUCCCUCUUUGCAGAUGUUCAAGGGAAAGUAAAACUUCUCGGAGACAAGUUUCCGGUUAUCCGUGGCUUGCUCGGAUCGAUCAGAAGGAGACGUUCUAGAGACACGAUUAUCCUCUCUGCAGUCAUUGCUGCUUGUACGUUGUUUCUGAUUAUCUACUGGCUCUCCAAAUAAACAGAGACCCGAAAGUAUGUUCAUACGCGAAAGCAAACCGGAAGAGGGUUGUAAGUUUUCCUUAACUAGCAGAUCUAAUCAAAUCGCUUUGUUCCACACGCCUUGUUUAUUUGUUUUGUCUCUUCCCAUUUUGUUGGAUUUUACGAUAUUAUAAAUUCUUAAAUCGCACAGCAUCAUCGGAUCAGACA